AUGCAGCAAAGCGACAAUACCGGGGGCCGCGUCCACAGCGCGCUCAGAGCACCGAAAUCGAAGACUCACUCGCGCGCGUUGACUGUGCCCAGCAACGAAGCGACUACCAACUCCACUCACUUGGCAAAUCCAACCAGCAAGGAUGCAGAUGCGAUCCGCAUCGAUGCCGACCAGACCGCUUCAGCAAUUAGCAGCGAAGGCCAGCGCGCGGCUCGUUCUCUGGGCCCUAGCGCUGCUGAUUCCGGCAAGCGCGGAAAGCCCAGCUCGCUACCGCGAUUAGCGCGCCGAAGCGAUCCAUGCGCCUUCGCUUCGUCUUCAUCAAGGAACCACAAAACUCCACUUGUGCCACGCAACGCCCAGCAGACCUUCGCGAACAAGGUGCUCGAGGCAAGAGAAGUGUCUUGCGCUCCCUCAAGUCACCAGACCCGUCGACUCGGUCAAGGUCCAAUCCAAGAUGAGCUAGCCACUCUUGUCGGAAACCCGGGCACUGCAGCUGCUCUUGAUUGGGCGAACGUGCUUGGCGGUGACAGCGCUUCGAUGGUGCCUGGCGCGAUCAGCAGGACGGGCCACGCGCCGAGCCUCAGCCUCCUUGAGAGGCCUUCACGCCCAUCGAGGGUCUCUCUCGACGAUCGUAAAUACCGACCCUCGACGCCCCGAGAAUCUCGGAGCAGUUUUGCUCUGCCAGUAACUAUCUCGAACGAAGCACGCCGUCGCCUGUCACCAUCUACGCAAACUCCAUUCUUGGGCUUGCGCAGCUUAGAAAAUCUCGUUGGCGCAACCGACAACCACGUCGAGCUCAAGGAGGCCUCCUUCAUGAGCCAGUGUUCAGUGAGUGAACAAGGGUUGUGCUCCAUCAAGUAUCGCUGAAAAGGCUCGAGUUGGCACGCUCUGACCAAGAUUGUGCUCGACAGAACUCCGCAAUCGACAAAAUCUCGUCCUCCAGAACGCACUUACCGACGCUCGAAGCGGAUCCAGUGCUGCUGAAGCGUCAUCUCGCUGGAUCUGCCACACCGCGGGCAUCAAAAGACUUCGCUCCUACGAGCGCCAUUCACUCCAAUCAAGCCGUGCUCACGAUGCGAUCUGCUGUCUUUGGACAUAAACAGACGACUUCAAAGGGGUUCGAGACCGACUGCAAGCUCGUCCGCGCGAGAGACACUGAUCGGACACACGCCUGGCUCUCGGGUCCCGUCGCAAAUCCCUCUGCAGUCGAUAGCGAAGCCAGCACUACUGGCGUGCUGUGGCCUAGGGCACCCCUGGUUGCAUCCCACAACGAAGCCCAUGUGAUUGGGUCGACACGACGUCAUGACGACCCUCAAGACUCGAUUGCCGAAGCAUGGCAGCUCUCGCAGCCUCAAAUUCGCCCAUUCCCUCUCUCGUGGUCUCAAAGACUCCAGAAAGGAGAUGCAGCUACAGGACUCCACAAGAAUGCUUCCUCGAUCUCAAAACCACAACACUUGGCGGAAGCUUUCGACCUUCAGGGUGCUCGUCAGAUGGGCAAGAGCGCAAUGACGGUGCCAGUGGACCGUCACAACGCUACUCCGGUCUUUGAACCACCAACCUCGCCUCGAGAUCGGAUGACAGCAGGCGCUUCUCCUGUCUCUCGAUUCAGAGCCUUACCCAGGCUGGCAUCGGCGAAGAAAGGGGGCCAAGUAAGGGCGAACCCCCUAAUAGGAAUGCCCAUGAGCCCCGUCUACCUGGGGGGUCAUUCUUCCAUCGCUCCCGCUGCUCGGCCAGCACACAGUCAACGGACCCUUUCGCACGGCGCAGAAUUUUCAUUCGCGACCCAAGCUGGCCAAACAGCCUUCGACCAUCUCAACUCUACCGCCUUACAUCCGUCGCGAUCGAUGACUGAUCUGCGUGAGACAGCGUCUGCGAGCCAUGCAGCGGGCAGCUCACAAUGGCAGCAGGGCACUCCUUGGACCCCAUUGAGUCUCCGUCGCGAGUGGCCUCGAUCAGCGGCGGCAUCGGACGCUGUGACACGAUACUUGAAGCAAGGUCAUGACCAGCCUUAUGACCCUACUCAAUCGGCGCUCUGGUCGAGCUUGCGCCCAUGCAACGUCAGCAGAGGCGCCUUCUCAGAGUCAUCCAUCAUUGAGAACAUCGAUGAGGAAGCGUCCGACGUGGUCGAAAUGCAGAAGAUCUUCCCACAGUUCAGCAAUGACAAGCUAUCGUAUCGCCAAGGACCUAGAUUCCUCAAAGACGGCCUCCAUGCUGCGCAUAGAAGCGGUCGCAGUGUCUCCGUUGACGAUCUCGACAAAUUGGGGCUCCGUCCGCCACUCGAGACGCGCACCCAACGCGAUGCAAGCAGUCUCGAUCAGCGACGAAAGAGGCAAAUGACGUUUGACUCCCUGUGCAUGGACGCUCCAAAUAAGAGCGAUUACGUGAGACAGCGCACGCAAACUUUCGCCGCCGGCGAAAGCGCCGUUGCAAACAUCAUCAAUAUGGAUGCGAAGCACAUCCGAAACUUCUCGGCACUGUUGAACCCUCAUGAGAGGCCUGAGAAAAUAGCUACUCAUGCUUCGCUCGAAGGCUCGUUCCAGCCCGUAGCUUCACCACAAGAUGCACCGAAGAUCGUCAUGCGUGCACCUCAUAUUGGGCAAAUGGAAAGCUCAGGGCCGGAAACUGCACUUAGCGCGACAUCCAUCGAUUCUGGCUUAUACAAGCCUUCAAAUGAAGUUUCGAAGGACCUAGCUCUUUCGCACAUGCGAGGAACCCCGUCCAGUCAGGCCAAUUCUGGCCACUCGCCUUCUCGGUUGCACAUCGCUAUCGCUGGCAUCUCGCGCCCGUGGAGCUUCGCCUCCGAAGGCAGCGGCUCGUCUGCUUCCGAUAUGUACUUCAGCCCAAACACCACCAAUGACGACCUGGCAUUGAGCCCAGAGGCGGAGGGUAGUCCGCACGCGUGCUCGAACGAGCCUCCUCACGAACAUGCCACUUAUCAGCGGCCUGUCGGUGAAGUGCAGCAACCACAUUUUGAGCGUUCCCAGAGUCCCGCGUCGGCCGGUGCAGCGUGCCUGCAGGAUCGUGCCUCUGAUGUCCUCUCUCACGACUCGAUCUCACGAGACCUAUUCAACAGAGCAACAGUCGACGAAUCGCACAUCGCCAAUAAACGCGUCUCGUCAUCUUCUGGGCAGUCCCGGGAAACGGCCACUAAUUCUACGUCUGGUGGAGCAAAAUAUCGCUUCGAGGUUGUCAACUCGCCUGCGCGAUCUCGCAAGAGCGUCCUCGAGGAACAAGAGAAGGAGCAGCCUCAAGAGCCAGGGCACGAAGGUCCUCCUACUCUUGACAGUCUUCCGGAGCUCUACGAGCUGUCGUCAGUGGCAGGAAGCGACGUUAGUAGUAUAGAAGAUUUAAGCGAGGACGAAAAGUGCGAUACUCUACAUUGCGACUCGAUCCGAUGCCGAGACUUACAGGGGCCAAAUCUUGAAAGUCUUGAGCUGCUGAAUUCCUUCGCGGCUCUCUCCUGCGGGGACUCAAAUUUGAGGACCAUGGCCAUUGCUGGCACAUCUGCCCAGGCGGUCCGACCUAAGAUUGCGCGUUUUCACACGGUCCCAUCGGCUCAAGAACAUGCAUCGCAAGUGCUGUUGAAGGACUUGGAAGUUGAUCUGUGCCCAGAAGACUUCGAAAUUGUUCCUGUCUUUGAUAAUGAAGCCAACUCGACACGACUUGAGCUGCGAUGGCGCUUGCGCUUGGCGCUGCCUGGUUCGAAUGUCAGUUUUCGAGAGGUCAAGGGCGGAACCACUUUGAGCAGCGCAGCUCUGGAGCGUCUGCAAUCGCUCCGGACAGAUGUUAAUUCGCAAUUGCCUCGAGCGAAUGCAGGCCAGCUCGACACUAGUCAGAAACACGCACCGAAAGGUGACCAGCCGCACUCGCUAUCGACGAUCGAAACCCCUCGCCAAAGUUUGCAAACACUUUCCGGUGCGUCAGAGAGCCUGGACUCUGACUUGACACGAACAGCGUCUCUUCUUCAGACCAUAGCUAAGGACCUUCGCGCGGGCGAAGAGCGUGGAUUUGCAUUACGUCCUUACGGCCAAAUACGACACGCAUCGCCCUCAACCUUGAAGCAACACUUCGACCGUUCCACACCUGCUACCCUUGGUGGCCCCAAGUUCAGUCCCCGUCCUCUGCUUCUCGCUCCAAAUGGUCGUCAUUCUAGUGCCAACAGUCCCCGCCGCCGUGAGAGUCCACUGCCCCGCCUUACUGCGCAUCGUCUUUCGGACACGGCCAGCUCGGGUCAGCAAGUCCCGACAGUUGCCAUUCGUGCUGAGGCGAUGGCUCCCGCUUCAGCGGACGGCAAAGGGCUGAAACGCAUCCGAAAGCUGCGUCCCCCUCCGUUGAUCUUGGCUAGCAGCUUUGGGGCCACUGGUUAUGGCAGGGUUGGCCGAGCCCACCACAGCCACUCAAGCCGAGAUGUCAGCCCUGGUCAUAUCACACCGUCUGGCAUCAUGCGUAAGUUUGAGUCGUUGAUCAUCGUCAUUCGUGGCGAUACCCCUUUUGACAUCUUUUGACUCCUCCCAGCGUACCACCAUGGGGACAUUGAAGGCGCCCGCAGACUUUUGAAACCUUUGACGCCGGCAGGGACGAGCAGCUGUCCCAAUUCUGCUUUGAUGCCGUAUUUGGAGCGAGAAGAGCGGCGACACAUUUCAGGACAAAGACACAGCGCGAGUUACUUGAUGGAUGCUCAGGAGUUCGCAGACGACAGAUCUCCCGGGUUGGUCGGAGACCAGGCUAGCGCCGCCGACACGUCCAGCAGCGACACUAUGGAUAUGGAGCUGACAGACAAGCAUCCUCCUGCCGACCUCCUCUUUCAGACCUCUUCGUCUUUGGCGCACAUCACUGGAGCUCGCCAAUGA